UGAGUUUGUGUGUGAAAGGGAAGGAAGCACAGAGAGACCAAUCAGAAGAAGAAACUGUAGAAAAACUCUUGUCAUGUCUAUGUUAAACACAACUUCUCUUUUCCUGUAAAGUAAAACUGUUUGAUUAUCUGUGGAUCAGAGUGCAGCAGGCUGGAUGUGACGAUGGGGCACUCUUUGCUCUGCAUGAUGGGCUUUUUCUUGCUCAGUACUGUCAUCUGUGGAAAUGCUGAAGUUCCCAUUAAGCCCACUGUGACUGUGCAGCCAUUCUGGCCUCAGAUAUACAGCGGUGAGACAGUCACUGUCAGAUGUGUGAUUCAGGGAGGUGAAGGAGCUCAGUGGACGUAUGAAUGGAGAGCAGCCAAGUCAAACACACCUCCAACAUCCAAUGAAUACAAAAUUACAGUUACUGAGUCUGACAGUGGAGGAUACAGCUGCCGGGGUAGAAGAAGGUCCUCCUGGACAGAGUGGAGUGAUACCAUCACAUUGACAGUAAUCGCUCCUCCUGAGCCAACUGUGACCCUGCAGCCAUCCGGGACUCAGAUACACAGCAGUGUGAUAUACAGCGGUGAGACAGUCACUGUCAGAUGUGAGAUUCAGGGAGGUGAAGGAGCUCAGUGGACGUAUGAAUGGAGACCACACAAGGCAAACACACCUCCAACAUCCAGAGAAUACACAAUCAGCGGUGCUACUAAGUCUGAUGGUGGAGGAUACAGCUGCCGGGGCAAAAGAGACUCGUCCUGGACAGAGUGGAGUAAAAGCAUCACAUUGACUGUAUUAUCUCCUUCUAAGCCCACUGUGACCCUGCAGCCAUCCAGGACUCAGAUCUACAGUGGUGAGACAGUCACUGUCAGAUGUGAGAUUCGGGGAGGUGAAGGAGCUCAGUGGACGUAUGAAUGGAGACCAGCCAGGUUAAACACACCUCCAACAUCCAGUGAAUACAGAAUCACAGUUACUGAGUUUGACAGUGGAGGAUACAGCUGCCGGGGCAGAGCAGACAGGUUCUUCACAGAGUGGAGUGACAUCAUCACACUGACUGUAUCAUCUCCUCCUAAGCCCACUGUGACCCUGCAGCCAUCCUGGACUCAGAUAUACAGAGGUGAGACAGUCACUAUGAGAUGUGAGAUUCAGGGAGGUGAAGGAGCUCAGUGGACGUAUGAAUGGAGACGAGGCCACUCAAACAUACGUGAAAAAUCCAAUGAAUACAAAAUCACAGCUACUGAGUCUGACAGUGGAGGAUACACCUGCAUAGGAAGAAGGGGAAAUUUCUACACACAGUGGAGUGACAGCAUCACAUUGACUGUAUCAUCUCCUCCUAAGCCCACUGUGACCCUGCAGCCAUCCUGGACUCAGAUAUACAGCGGUGAGACAGUCACUGUCAGAUGUGAGAUUCAGGGAGGGGAAGGAGCUCAGUGGACGUAUGAAUGGAGACCAGCCAAGUUAAACACACCUCCAACAUCCAGAGAAUACAGAAUCAGCGGUGCUACUAAGUCUGAUGGUGGAGGAUACAGCUGCAUAGGAAGAAGGGGAAGUUUCUACACACAGUGGAGUAAAAGCAUCACAUUGACUGUAUCAUCUCCUCCUAAGCCCACUGUGACCCUGCAGCCAAUAUACAGCGGUGAUAGAGUCACGGUCAGAUGUGAGAUUCAAGGAGUUGAAAGAGCUCAGUGGACGUAUGAAUGGAGACGAGGUCAGUCAAGCAUACAUCCAACAUCCAGCGUAUAUACAAUCAGAGUUACUGAGUCUGAUGGUGGAGGAUACAGCUGUCGGGCCACAAGAAGCUCCUCCUGGACAGAGUGGAGUGACAUCACCACAUUGAGAGUAACAGCGAAACCAAAGGCUGAACUGAGAGCUGAUAGGACAGCUGUUCCAGUAGGGGGCAGUGUGACCCUGACCUGCUCUGUGAACCCAUCAUCAUCAUCAUCAUCAUCUGGAUGGAAAUACUACUGGUACAGAGAUGGGAAAUCUUAUAAACUUGUGACAAAUGGACAAAUCAGUGUCUCAGAGGGAGGACUCUACAGCUGCAGAGGAGGAAGAGGAGAACCAGUUUACUACACAGAGGACAGUGAGUCAGUCAGGAUUGACACAACUGUAACAGUGUCAAACAGGCCUGUUGUGACUCUGUAUCCAAACUGGUCUGAGAUAUACAGAGGAGAGACGAUCACUGUCAGAUGUGAGAUCCAUGGAGGAGACACUGAGUGGGAUUAUGAGUGGGAAACAAACAGCACCAUAAAACCUCCAAAUCAAACUGAAUACAGGAUUAGAUCUGCUUCAUCAUCCAACAGUGGAAACUAUCGCUGUAAGGGCAGAAUGAAAAGUUCACAGCAUGAAACAACAGAGUGGAGUGAUUCAGUCACACUGACAGUUUCUGACAAUAAACCCCGUCCUGUGUUUAAUAUCGUUGUGAUUCAGUACUCAAGUGAGGGACUCAGGUAA